ACUCGUAAACAAAGCGUAGCGUAGUGCAACGAUUGGGCGUCAGCGUAAGAGCGUUUAUAAGCGUUUAGUGAUGUUUUGAUAGUCUGAUGUCAUUUGUAAUUUAUAAUUGAGUUACGUGGCUGUGGACAUUGUCUUGCAGCAGAACAGAAGUGUUAUAAUCAUGAACAUAAUUACCAAGAAGAAAAAGUACAAGUUCCAAGUGGAUUUGGUGGUGGAGGAGCUGACAGCGGUGCCGUUUGUCAGCGCCGUGCUCUUCUGCAAGGUGCACCUGCUGGAGGGCGGCCGGUUCGAGGAGUUUUCAUCCAGGGAGGAGGUGCGGGACCACACGGUGACCUGGAACGCGCGGAUGUCUUUCAGCGCCAAAAUGACGGCGCCGUGUACCACCGGUGUGCUGGACCCGUGCCUGUGCCGCAUCUCUGUCAGGAAGGAGACGAAGGGCGGCCGGUCGUACCAGAAGCUGGGGUUCGCCACCAUCAACCUGGCAGAGUUCGCCGGGGGCGGCGGCCAGUGUCGCCGGUACCUGCUCGAGGAGCAUGACCUGCGACACCGCCAGGACAACAGCAUGCUCAAGGUGGUGCUGUCCACCACGCUGCUCAGCGGAGACCCCUGCUUCCGCGCGCCGGUGCCCCGCUCUGCCGGCCACGCUGCCGAGUCCACGGACCCGCCCGGCGGUGGACCACCGAUGGCAGCCGUCCAGACGGCCCUCCCCGGCACCGGCGGACUGCAGCUCAAGGAUCUGACGCGCGUCAGGGGCGACUGUGUGGGCGGCGGCGCGGCGGCGGCCAGCUCCUCCGAGCCCUGUGAGCACGGCCUGCCGCCGCCGGCUGGCUCCGAGGACCCAUCUGAGCCGCAGGGCCACUCGCGGAACUCGAGUAGCCAGUCGGCGGGCUACGGCAGUCUGCAGUCGCAGGGCCACUCGGAGCCCUCGCAGCCGACGCACAGCCGGCACAGCAGCAGCUCAGAGUCGGGGCACCUCAGAACGGCGAGCAGCGGCUCGGGUCUGUCCGACUACAACUCGAUGGAGCGGGCGGCGGCCGGCGGCGGCGAGAAGCGCAAAAAGGACUCCGCGUCCGGCUCGCGGUUCGACGCGACGCGUGUCGACGCAGAGGACGUGAUCAACGACCUGCUGCAACACGCCGACUUCGAUAACCCGGACGAAUCGGCAGAGACCUCGGGUCUUCAGCUGUACGUCGGCCGGGACGGCAGCACCGCCUUCUCCUCCGGUUCAGCCGGCAACACGGCCAGUUACCAGGCGGUCGUCAUUAGCAAAAAGUAGCCGCCGCCCCGCCGCCGGCGCCCGUAUGCUCUAGUCCGCGCGCGACUUCCGACACGUGGCAGCACGUGGGACACGUGUCGCCGGCGCCAUGACAGCCUGUGAGACGGUAGAGGUUAGCCGGGGAGGGGUGGGGAGGGGCGGGGCCGCCCGCCGCAGUAUGCGCGCGACAUACUCCAGCUGUGCUCGGGUAGGGGGAGUGACUGACUGGGAUCUGUGCAGAAGGUAGUGUGUAGCAGAGACGCCAGCGCUCGCGCACAGCCGCGUCUGCGGCGAUUGGCUGCCGGUUUUGUAGGUUUUGUCCGAUCUGUUCAGGGUGGGGAGAGGUGACGUGCGUUGUGUUCAGGUGGGAUGGAGCGUUAUGUCCAUGUUGUCCAGCUUGGACCGGAGAUUGUGUCCACCUUGUUCAGGCUGGAGAGGAAGUUUACGUAUACUCUGUUCAGGUUGCUGGGAGGACCGCCUGGUUUGGGCGGCGGUGGCCGCUCCAUCGCUCUAGGUUGGGUUUUACGUCCGAUGUGUUCCGGGUAAGUGCUGUGCCCUGUGUUCGGUCCGAUAUGGACCCAGUACCGGGCGUGUCUGCUGUCUGACUCUCCGGGCUAGCCUCUGAGGCAGUCCUCGGCGGUGUGACGUCACUCCCGGUGGUAUGACGUCACCCCGGGGAGGUCUGAGAAGCUCGGAGGGGUCGGAGGAAGGGCCAGUCCCCGUCGGGCGGGCGGACGCCGUUUUCUAGUCGAGUCGGCCGCCGCGGUCCUGUGCCGAUGUCGCCACUGACCUGACCUGACCCGGUCGGGCCAAGACGGCGGAGCACCAGAAGUCGACUCCGGCCGCCAGUCAGCCGCCCAGUCUAUGCAUUUUUAUCGCUGACUUCGCUGGCCCUUUACACCAAUGUGUUUGCCUGAGUUGAUAUUGUCCGCACUUUUCGACGUUAUGGAUGCUGACUGUAUUGUGUGUAUGUGCGUGAUGUGCUGCAUUCCUCUUUUAAUAGCCGUUUUAUCUCGCUUGAUGAAUCGUGAUUCCAAUUCCUGUGUAACUUUUUAGCUGCCUUGCUGGUCAAACUCUCGUGCCAAAUGUACGUUUCUCGCUUUACGAAGUCAUUCGUAUCCAUUGCUGAUUACAAUCACUCAUUUUUACAAUUCACUUGGCUGCUAAACAAUCAUCAAAAUAAACCUUGAUUGGGUAA